AUGUUUUCGGUGGUUGAGCUGAAAUACUUUGGAGAUCAACGAACAACAUUUAAGAUCUUAAAGCCAUGGUGGGAUGUUUUCACAGAUUAUUUAACUAUUUUGAUGCUUAUGGUAGCAGUUUUUGGAGGCACAUUGCAGAUAUCAACAGACAAGAUAAUCUGUAUACCUGUACCAGAAGGCUUCUUGAUGGCCACCAUGCAAUGGAACAAAAGUGCCCUCAAAGGUCGUAAAUUAAAUAGUUUUGACUCUGGAUUUAAGACUGACCUGGACCGUGAACAGUACAAUCUAAUGGAUCAGUAUUGUUAUGACCAUGCAAUUCAGUGGUAUUCCAAGUAUUUCCCUUACAUAGCUAUCAUUCACACACUUAUAUUUUUGAUAAGCAGUAACUUCUGGUUCAAAUUUCCAGGAACAAGUUCCAAAAUUGAACAUUUCAUAUCAAUCCUUGGAAAAUGUUUAGAUUCUCAAUGGACCACUAAGGCACUUUCAGAAACUGUUUAUGAGGAUUCUGAUCCUUCUGAUACUGCCCUCUUAUUGGGGGACAAGGAAACCAGUAAUGACACAAUAUGUGAGAAUGAACCACAAGCGUCUUUGUGCAAGCCUCCCUCUAAGACUUUCAAGACUGUUGGGGGCGGUGUUUAUGGCCAUGCUGCAGUGAAAAUCUUGGACAAAAAGGAAGGAGAACAAGCAAAGGCAUUGUUUGAAAAGGUCAAGAAGUUUCGACUUCACACUGAAGAAGGUCAUAUUCUUUAUAUGAUGUACAUAAGACAGACUGUUUUACGUUCUGUUCAAACGAUUCUCAUUCUAGCCUACUUUGUAACUCGGAUUCCUCAGAUGAAACAUAUUGUCCACUGUGUAGACAGAAUUCAUAUCACAGGCUUCACAGAAUUUUUCUGCAUUCAUGGUCUUUGGAGGAUAUUUAGGAUGUUGUCCAUUGUGUAUGUUGCAGUUAUCUUCAUUUAUUGUAUAACGUGCAUCUACACGCUCUACUGGAUUUUUUACUUUAAGCUUAAGGAAUACUCAUUUGCAUACGUCCGAGAAGAAACUGGGAUUGAUGAUAUUCCAGAUGUGAAAAAUGACUUUGCAUUUUUGCUGCAUCUUAUUGACCAAUAUGAUAAACUGUAUGCCAGGAAGUUUGCUGUGUUUCUAUCUGAUGUCAGUGAAAACAAACUUCGCCAACUGAACUUGAGUUAUGAAUGGACACAUGAGAAGCUUCAGCAACGUAUAGUUACUAACGAAGACAACAAAACUGAAUUACAUCUGUUUAUGCUGCCUGGUAUUCCUAAUAGUGUUUAUGAUAUUUAUAACCUGGAAGUAUUAAAGCUGGAAUUUAUUAAAGACGUCUCAAUUAGUGCAGCCAUCUCACAGCAAACCUCACUCCAAGAACUCUGGGUGUACAACUGUACAAUAAAAGUAGAAAACCGAGCACUUGCAUUUUUAAAAGAUACAAUAACAAUUUUAAGAGUUCGGUUUGCAAAUGCUUAUGAAAUACCACAAUGGAUGUAUUGUCUUAAGAAUCUCCGUGUACUGUAUCUUGAAGGCAAUUUGUUAAUUGACAACAAAUCUUCCAUUGUCCUGCAGUCAUUGUGUGACUUAGAACGGCUUAAAUCUUUGCAUCUAAAAUCAAAUGUCACCAAAAUACCUGCAGCAGUCAUUGAUGUUGCCCAUCAUCUUCAGCAUGUCACUAUUGACAAUCAGGGCAAAAGGUUCACCACGCUCAAUGGCCUUAGAAAGAUGCUUUGCCUGUCUGUUCUUAAGCUAUACAGCUGUGAUCUAGAGCGAAUCCCAAGUGCCGUAUUUAGCCUGAGCAAUCUUCAAGAAUUGGACUUCAAAGACAACAACCUGAGGACCUUAGAAGAGUUAGCUAGUUUCCAACACCUUCGCAAACUCACCACAUUGAAGCUUCAUUACAACAAAAUUACACAGAUUCCUGUGUACAUUGUCAAAGCUAGCUCACUCGAAAUGCUGUAUUUAACUAAAAACAACAUUAGUUUUCUUCCAUCAAAUCUAUUUAAACUCACUCGGCUACGACAUCUGGAUGUUGGUCAUAAUAAUAUUACAAGCAUUCCCUCUGAGAUAGAACAACUGGAGGAUCUUCAUUACUUCGACAUUGAGAGUAACAAAGUGUCUGAAUUACCCUUGGAAUUGUUUUAUUGUACAAAGCUUAGAGUGUUAAUACUUUCACAUAAUCUUUUGAAUUGCAUUCCACCCAAGGUGAAAAAUCUGAUACAGCUGCGCCAAUUAGAGCUGAAAGGGAACAAACUGCAGUAUUUGCCUCCUGAAUUGGGAAAGUGCCAGUGUUUGAAGAGGAGUCAGUUGAAUGUGGAAGAGGACAUUUUCAACACACUGCCAUAUGAUGUCAGAGAAGAAUUUAUAAACAGAGAAUCUAAGUGA